UGACCUAGGCUUUUCCUGAGAAUAUGUGUAAAUAAUAAAUUUCUGACUGUUUGUAUUUUUAUAACGGUUUGUUUGAUGAGGUAUUCAUCCAUAUGAUUACCAGCGUGUGACGUAGUGAAAGUGACACUUAUAUUUCAACCUUAUUAUUGGCCAUGCAAACCUGGUUACUAGGGAAUAAGCCUUUGCCUGGCGGAUUAACAUCUAUGUAGUAAUUAUAACUACGAAUGUGUAUAGAAAGAAAAAUGCUUUAAAUUUUUAUUUAAUCCGGUGGGUGUUUUCAUAAGGUAAUUUUAAAUGUGACACGGUUCAUUGGACUGUGAUGAGCAAGUAUAGACAGCACAGCAACACACAUGAUUAUGGCGAAUUGAGAGAGAUGGAAAUAUAAACAAACCGUUAAAACAAAACACGAACAAACAGAACGAAACAAUAAUACCUGGAUGUGUUUAAAUAGUUAACAGUGAUAUUUUUCUGGAUUUUAAUUAAUUUAUAUACAUUCAUAAGGAUAAUAAGAAAUGGCUGAGCGUUCGAGAUCUAAGCAUAAGGUGAGGUCACCUAGAAUGAAAGCUUCACAUGUUCAAUAUGCUCCCGAGGGCAGACGAGGCAAUGUUUAUAUCGACGAAGAAGGUAGGCGGAUUUAUAGAACGUCUGGGAAAAGUGGAAAUUCAAAACGGUACGUUGUUAUGGAUGAUGGAGAAUUGAAACGCGGUGAACGACCGGAAAAAAUUGUAUACCAACAGGAAGAAACAGAAUAUGAAACAAUGAGUGAAGCUGAUUCAGAAUAUAUGGUCCCGGUACGUCCUAAAGGACCUAAUACUUCAACUAGAAGAGUAGUCGAAGAACGACAACGUGUGCUAACGAGGAGAGCAAUUGCAGAAGAUGAACGACCCGUACUCAGGACCAGGGAAGGAGAUACGAUUAGAAGUACACGCGUUUCACGUUCUAGACCCGCGAGUGAUUAUGUCGUACGGCGCAACGAUACUUUGAAUAAUCGCGAGGAAUUGUUUGUACGGUCAGGACGACCAGCUAGUGAAGUUCUUGUUCGGCCUUCACGUGAGCGUGUGGUAACAAGAAGAGUUGUAGAUGAUUCAAAUUUACGUGAACGUUAUGUUGUAAGGAGUCGACCUUCUAGUGAAAAACGAAUCAUUGAUAAUAGAGAGGUAGAGCUUGUCAGAAGACCGAGAUCCGAAGAACGAGUAACGUAUGUCAAACGGCCAGUAUCUGAAGAAACAAAUGUAAAAUACGUUACUAGGAAUAGCUAUCGAGACCGACAACCUGUUGGCUAUGUUACAAAAGAACAGGCAGCUAACGAAAGGGCUAUGCAUAGACAAGAAUAUAUAGAAUACCCACAGGAAUAUAUAAUGCAACGUCCGCCAACACGCGACGUCGGUUGUCAGAUGACCACAAAUUACGUCAUACAACCACAGCCAAAACAGAAAAAACUCUUACGUAAUGUUCAAACGCAGACUUUUAAGAAGCCAAAGCAACGAAAAAUCAAAACUGCAACACAUUUUUAUCAAAGGGAAACAGUGGAAGUUGUACAGGAACCGGAUCCACCAACACCAAGGGAGCCUACUCCUAGAACACCGUCUCCACCACCGCCGCCACCACCUCGAAUGCUAACGCCUGAACCACCAAGACAACCGAAACCACCAAAAAAGAAGAAAUCAAAGAAGGAAAAAGAAAACUUAGAAAUGCAGUUGGUUGUUAAGCAACCAAAUCUUCCCGAACCAGUUUACGACAGAGUGGAGGAUUUAGAAGUUGUAGCUGACUCAUCAAAAAUUUAUUAUGAAGCACCUAAAAAGAAAGAACAUUUGAUUAAGAACCCCGAACCCGAUCCACCAACAUAUGCUUAUUAUGAACCCUCAGAGUAUACGGCGUCUAAGAAAAUUGUUCCCACUGAAAAGAAUAUUACUGCAGAAUCUACUUCCAGUAGUAGAAGUUCGAGCGACAACGAGCGAGUUAACACAGCUGACAACUUUUACACAGUUCCUCUGAAAGGAAACACAACAUUUUAUGGACCGUUUUUCAAAAAAGAAAAUACAUACCCUCCAAAACGAAAGUCAUCAAAGAACAGAAAGAAACGAAAACAAACGACUUCAUAUGAACACCCACGAUAUGUUGAAUCUGCAAAACGAGAGAGAAAGAAGCACAGGCAUGUUUCAAAAUCGUCUCGAAAAGCUUCUGAGGAUUCUGUCCCCCCGCUUCAGGUUGAAACUUACUUGAAAAAAGUUCCCGUUCUAAUACAUGAUUAUGGCAAUAUUCCACGGUCAGCACUUAAACAAUCUGGUACCCAUUCGAUGAAGAAAACACGUGGUCAUGUACAAUAUGAAGAAUAUGGCGCCAAACUAUCACAUGGGCCUUCAUUUUAUAUGAAUGACAGUAAAAAUGGCAAACUUAAAUCUUCUGGCGAUUAUAGUAAUCAAUCGACCCUGUUGUAUGUUAAUCCAGAGACGGAAAAAGUUGAACCUUUGAAAUACACCGGGGAAAUAGAGGCCCAGUUAGAUGCCCAGCUAAAAGACAAACGGAAGUGGAACGAACAGGAAGAAGAACCCAGAUACGUAGUGAUUCCGGGGUUUGACGAUCAUUCUAAAUCUAGAAUAAAGGAAGUCAUCGACAAUACUAAAAGACAUUUUGACGACGACCCCUUAGUUAUAGUGGAAGAUUCCAAGUUCCCAAAUAGAGGAAAAUUGAGUUUAAAAAGUCAGUCUGACAUGGAUGACACUUACUUAACUCCGAUGUCUCAUGGACAACAAACAGACAAAUGGGUUAAGAAAACAAGAGAGGAAAAACCGAAAAAGCAAAAGCUUAAAGGAAAAGCACAUAUGGUACGUGUUGGAGGGGGUUGGAUGAAAGUGGAACACCACAGGCAUCACCAUACACCAUUGAAGAUUUACGAAAUACCCCGUGACGCAAAUGAUGACAAGUUUCUAUAUAUAAAGUCGAGAUUCAAUACCAACAAAAAAGAAGUACCAAUAGCAUACAAAAAAUAUAGAGAAGAAAUAGUGCGUGGAUGAAUUGAUCAAAAAUAGUUCAGGAACGUAAAUGCUCAAUUAUACACAAUUUAAGCAAGUUUAGCAAAACUGCCUAGUUUUCCUGGUUAGAUAUAUGAACAUAGUGAACAGUAGAACUUUAUUUAUAUGGAUACUUAUCUUUGCGCUUUGUUGGAAAGCGCGUGUCUCAUAAAUGACUUCUGCACCAGAUUCCCAUUAUCAAAACGAGGCGUCACUAUGGAAACUGAUGUAUUAUGGUGUUCUUGUUUAAUAGAGUUGUAGGACUAAUGAUAGAAAGUUUCCUGUUUAACUAAAAAUAUUUAGAGGCAUCAUAUUGUUAUGCUUCAAUACAAACAAAUAUAAUAUAUAUAAUUAAGAAAGAGUGAUGAAAGUGUGUGCGUAGAAUGUUUAGACAAAAACAUGGAUUGUAAUUGUACGCGUACAAGAGGUUUGGAACCUUUUGAAAAAAUGUGAUAAAAUAUUUUGUGAUAUCCCUUCCGAUUUAUUCGCCUUUAAUUGUUAUUUAAUGUUGUUUUUGUUAUAUUUAAUACAUUUUAGUCUAAUUUUGUUGUUUAACUCCGUCCGUAUUUUUCUUGGUUUUCGUAAAAAAGCAAUCAUAGUCAAGAACUUGAAGAACAUUUUUCCAGCCGGCAAUAAGGACAAAACAGUUCACAUUAAACGAUCAAUAAUUUAUUGCCAGAAAAUUUGUCAAACUUAGUAUAAACAUCCAUUAUUGGAUACACAAAAGAAUAUGACUUAUAUGAUACAUGCAUUGAAAAUUGUGUAAAAAAAGGUGAAAAGUAUGAAAAGCAUUUAUAGAUGCAAAAUAUUCGUUUUUUUCUCAUUUGUUAUGAUGAAUCUUUGAUCCGUUUCCACAUUCCGUUCAUGUGUUGGUGCUGACAACAGUUCUAGUUCUUGGAGGAUUAUUUGGUACUAUUUAUCAUAGUAAAUAUAUUUUCUUGUCAGAUAAUAAAAGAUUCUUAACCUUCA